AUGGAUGACCCUGAGAGGAACACUGUUCCUGUACAUAAUGAACCCCCACCACUCCCAUACUCACUACACACUCGGAAGAAGUCAAUCGCUUUCUUCUGGAUUAUAUUCGUGCUCGAUACGCUAGGCCAGCCGGUCGGCCUGUAUUGGGGACUAUGGUACGGCACCAACCUGUCGCAUAACUUGGUGUUUUCCAUUGUCACGGCUUGUUUGGGAGGUAUCUCGGUUUUUGAAUACUUCUAUCGUCUAUAUAACCUCUUCCGCAAAAAUUCACGCGCCCGGCCGUUAAACUCUCAGAAAUCACGGCUGGACUUUUUCCAUAUCAAUUUCACUAUUGUCUGGCUCAUCUUGGCCGUCGAGUUGAUUGUUGGAACCGUACCUGCAGAACCAUAUGUGCGCCUCGUCGCCAUGGUCCUCCCAAGUGUCAUGUUCUACUUCGGGUUCGUCCACCUUGCCCUCGACGUCCUUCGCAUGGCCGGCCACAAAGCCCCCUUCCGCAUUUCCUCUACACCUAAAGGCUCCCCCAUGCCAACAGCCUUAUACGCCCUCAUCGAAGAUGUUGUCGCCGUCGACGGCGGAGGCGGGCAAAUCUACCGCUACGCCCUCCGAACCCGAUACCUGUCCAGCCCAUAUUUCCGACGGAUGCUCUUCGAAAUGAACUGUUUCUGGAGCGGUGGCUCAAUAAUCUGCGCGGCCGCCAUCACCGCUGUAAUAUUCACGGUCUCUGAACCCGUGGCAUUCACUCUCGGCUGGUCCCUUCCGUUCGCCUGGGCUUUGGUAUGGACCGCCAUUACCAUUCCUUGGGUGAAGAGUGAUCUGCGCCGCGAGAAGAAGGCCUGGGCUGAGAACAGAGGUCAAGGUGGAAUUCCUUGGGUGGACGAUAUUGAUGCGCCGACUCGGACGCGUUUUGCUUCUGUCCAGGAACGUCUGCCGAACUUUUUGCCUUGGACCCGAGAGAAACAGAGUGCGCCGUCGACGCCUUCCGUUGAUGGUGCGGAGGAUGGUGCCAAGGAUACUGGACACAUCGUCGAUGGUGCUCCUGAGGUCCCUGCAAAUGGUCAUAGACCUGAGCAUAUCCUUCUUGGCGAUCAAUCUACCGCGAGUACAACCAACGGCACUACUCAUGACGAAAAGCCCGAGCUGCCCGAUACAGAUACGACUCGCGAGACAACUCUUUCAAAUACUGCUGCUGCCACUGGUGAUCAGCCAACCAGUCAUUGA